AUGGAUAACGCAGAUUUAGAAAAUUUAAUUGAUGAUUUAGUAUUUAAUCAAAAUUUUCUUAAUUAUUAUGAAUUAAAAUCAUAUCUCCAAAAACAUAAUAAAAAUAUAACGGGUGAUGAUAUGGAUUAUUAUUAUCCAUAUUAUAAAAAUGAAAUUUUGAAAUAUCAUGAUAAAAUAAUUUCUAAAAUUAAAGAUAAAAUUAAAAAUAAUGAAUAUACAAAGGGAAAAACUAAAUCACAACUUAAACAGUUGAAAGAUUUCAAAAAUAAAGUAUUAACAGAAGAAGAUAUUGAUGAAUUAUAUAAAUUAUAUAAUCCUGAGCCGCAAAAGCCAAAGGAACAAAAACAAAGGGUGAAAAACGCCCAGGUCCUUCAGGCCAUAAAUGAAGCACAAGCUUUAAUUUAUGAUUCAUUAGUUAAACCAUAUUCAGCCCGACUUUUAAAUGAAGAUCAACUUUUGGAAUUCAUCCUUCAACAUAAACUCGAAGCGGGAAAGUAUAUCAAACCUUUAUAUACAGCAUAUUUAAAAGCGGCAUCACAUGUGAAAGCUUUAUUUGAAACUAGAGUUGCUUUAACUUUGCGUUUAAUAUAUGUGUCACCUAAUUGGUUCACAUCAUGA